UGCUACGCAGUGGGCAUGUCGAAGGGUGGUUCCCGCUAUGGUCGCCGCUCUAAUUGGUUCAAGAUCCACUGCUUGCUGCAGGAACAACAACAGCAGGCCAUCGAUGCUGCGAACAAAGCCGCAGCUGCUGUUGCCGGCGGUAAUCCAGCCGCGAAUCCAAAUGCCGGCGGCUAUGGCGAUAUGGCCAGCGCCGCCGCCGCUGCUGCCAAACAACAUAUGCAAUCGCUCAACCCACACAUGGCUGCCGCUGGUGGCUUGCUCGGCUAUCCUGGCUACCAUUUGCCCGACAUGAUGGCUCAAGCAGCACCUUUCAUGUCUGCCGCGCGUCACCCGGCCGCCGACGCUGCUGGCUCGUUGCCUUUCUUCAGCAUGAUGAGCUCGCUGCCGAGCAUGGGCGCAGCGCAGUCAGCCUUCCAGUUGCCACCACAUUUGCUCUUCCCAGCCGCUGCUGCUGCGGCUGCUUAUCAUCCAAAUGCCGCCGCCGCCGCUGCAGCGGCCGCUGAUGCCGCUUAUCGUUCGGAAAUGUACAAGCAUCGUCAGUCUGUAGAUUCAGCUGCCUCCGCUGAUUCGGCGCAUCGUUACUCACCGCAAAUUGCCGCCGCCGCCGCCGCUGCGGCUACAGCAGCUGCAGAGCAGCAAAUGCGCGAGAAACAAGAAGCCACGCGUCAUUCACCGGAGUUGUGCGUUGGGGGCGGUGAUGAGAAUGAGGACGAUGAACUGGAUGUGCAUUCGCCUUCACCAGCAUUAUCAUCUAACCAACGCUCCGGCGAGCAGCGUGUGCACCACCAAGUACAGCAAGAGCGUCAACAAAAACAGUUGCACCCCCACACCCACACCCACCCCCACCAAAUACACAGUCCCAUUGCGAUACGUGCCACACCACACACCAUCCCCACGCUCAGCAGUCCACCACUCUCCGUACCGGUGCCAACAUCAGCGCUCACGCCCAACUCAGUCAAUUCCCCAACACACCAGCCAAGCUCACCAACACCAACUGCUAGCGCCAUCGCUGAAUCGGCCGCGCUCUCCUUUGCCGCCAAAAUGCAGUCACUCUCACCAGUCUCGGUCUGCUCCAUUGGCGCUGAAAGCACCAGCGCUGUAAGUACACAGCCGCAGAAUGCCAGCGAUGUCGCUGACGCGCAGGAUUGCCCCAUGGAUCUCAGCAUGAAGGCGGUCAGCUCCACAUCACGCGCCUCCACGCACAGCUGCAACACCAGCAGCGGCAGUGGCGACUGCGAUAUGCAUUGCGAAUCGAGUGAAGAG